CUCAAUUUGGGAAGGGACAUCACUCUCAAUCAGGAUUUCCGCGCGGUGUUUUCUUGAAAUCUUGUUAGUUGUUAAGUCGUAUUGUUUCAUCUCAUCGCUCAACCUGUCUUGAUCUGCGGCAAAAAUAAUCCACACUCGUCUGCUGCUAUGUCAAAGAAAAGUCCUGUUAAAUACGUUUCACUCAAAGAUGCCAGCGGCCGAUGUAAUGUCUUCGGAGUUGUUCAGUUCUGCAAACAGCCAGUUAAGACAAAAGGAACAGAUUACCUCAUGACUAUAAGCAUCACUGACCAGAGCCUGGCUGCUGGAGAUAAGCUUGUCUGCCUCAUAUUUCAUCCAUCUUUAGAAGCUUUACCACGUCUGACUGCUGGUGAUGUGAUCCGUUUUCACAGGCUUAAAAUUGGAACUUUCAAUGACAAACCUCAGGGAGAAGCUAAGUGUACUCUGGGUUGUUCCUGGUUGGUGUUUGGAGCAGACACUGAGCAGCUGCAGUCAUCAAGUAAAAAUUUCUCAUGCACAGAUGAUGAUAGGCAAAAGGCAAAGGAGCUUCAGGCAUGGGCAGCCACACGAGAUUUGUUUUGUAACAGCUCCAUCGGGACACUGGCCACCAUCGUGCCAGGGAAGUAUUGUGAUCUCAUUUGUCAAGUACUGGGUACGUGUGUUGAAGAAGAAGGCAGCUGUUUUGUGGCCCGGGUGUGGGAUGGCACAAAGCUAGUACACCCCUGUGUGUCCACACAGAAAGAUAUGACCUCCACCUGCAAGGAGCUUCAGCAGCUGGACAGCAGUUUUCUUGCUGAUGUGUGGUUCUAUGAUGACCACUUCCUUACUUAUCUUGACAUGAAGCCAGCUCAGUUUAUAAAGCUCUGUAACUUGCAUGCCGCCAUAAGCAAAGACCCUGACACAGGGCAGCCAUUUACAAAUACUACUGUAGUGGAACUUGUGAUACAUCGAGGCACGUCAUAUGGCCGAGGCAUAGUGUUCCUGAGCAACGACUCACCAGAAGUGCAGUGCCUAAAGAAGAGGAUGAAGGAAAUCUCAGGACCAGAAAGCACUGACACAUGCAUCAUUAAUGGCUCUGAGAAGAUUCAAAGUUGUGGAGACGAAGGCUGCAAUAGAACCACGGGUGAGAUAGACACAAACAUCAAACAGACAAGACCUUCAGCUGCAGCAACAAGAGGCCAGGGGGAAGAAACUUCUGAAAAUGCUCCCAGACCAGGAUGUAGUCACUGGGACAAUGCAGUCUCUCAAUCUUCGCCUCAGUAUGCUUCUACAGAUCAGAAUUCCAAAAUAUUUAACAAUGAAAAUACUUUAAAAAUGAAUUCAUUAGGAAUCGACAGGAUCCAUUCUGAUAGGGUUGAAAGAAAAGAGAUGGAAAAUACAACACUCAGGCAGGGUAGUAAAAGAAAGCCUAUGGCUACAAAGUCAGACUAUGAACAGGUGGUUGCAAGUGGGUUGACAACACAAAAAGACAGUUUUUGUAGAGAUGAACAGGAAAGUUCAGAGAUUUUGCCAGAUGUCAUUGUCAUCAGCUCUGGAAGCACAGACUCAGAAAAGCAUGCUUCACUAAAUCAAAGCAACUCUAUGGAAGUUGUGAUGGCAGAGCCAUCACUUUCUGAAUAUGGAUUGUUGGAUACAUGUAAUAGCCAAUCUUUAGAGUCUGAUAGUAACCAAUCAUUGUACAAUGAGUCCAUCCAAAGCUGUUUUUCUCUCCCUUCCCCUGGCGAUGUGUGUAUGCUUCAGACUGCAACAGUGAUUACAGGACAUCGCCAUAUAAACAGGACAUCUCUGCGAGAAAUUUUGGACUACAGAGUUCCAUACAAAUUUCGUGUUCUGGCCUGGCUUGUAGACUUUUAUCCAAAUACUACAGAUGUGUAUGACUUUGUCCAGGAGCUGUGUCCUAGAUGUAAGAUUCUGAAAAAGAUUGGAAGGGAGGACUCAGAACAGAAAAAGAGAAAGAAAGAUGUGAGAGUUGUAUCAUCUGUAACAAGUCUUGCAGAAUGCUUGGGUGGAGACUUUGGCAACUGGAAUUUUGAAGUUGAGUUAAAUGACAGGGAAGUCAAACUGUGCUCUCAGUGCAGUACAGAGGAGGAACCUGUACCAGUAGAGCUGACCUAUGUUCUGAGGAUGGUGUUGACAGACAGCAGUAAUUGCUUCUUACCUGUAAACUUGUGGCAAGAGAACGCAACCAAAUUCUUCAAUGGCAUCAAACCAGAAAAAGCCUUAGAGGAUGACAAAGAGUUUCAAAAUGCCAUCUGCACUUUGCAAGAUUGUGUUCUGCUUCAUCCAUCCAAGGCACGAACAGAUGUGCGCCCACUUGACUGUUGUAUAUUCUCUUAUUCAACACCAUUUGGAACAAACUUCCAAUUGUUUGACACGAUUCUUGCUUGAAUAACAAAUAUUUAAAUGCUUAUCUAUAUGCUUUUAUGACCAUACGUUUUUUCAUUCAAACAAUUAAUAUUUGUUGUGCAAUGUUUCAUAUAAAUUUUCAUCAAUAUUUGUAAACUGGAUUAUGUUGUGAUUUUCCUGCACAUUGUCUGCCUGUGGAUCUUGCUUGGAUCCUUAACUUAGCAGUUUUUUUACCUGCCUGUGGCCUUCGUUCUUUCUCGCUGGCUUUUCACUGACAAUUCAACUUUUUCCCCAACAGUCAAGUUUCCUCAUUUAUGAAAGUCACAAGAAGAUGGAUCUUAAAUGCAUCCACCAUUUGUUUUUGUAUGUGAAUGCAGCAAAGUUUUUUCCUCUCUAUGAUGAUGAUAGAAUCAACUAUCUCAUAUAGUCAACUCUCUCCUAAGUGUUGAUUAUUCUUGCAGAUGGAAUAAGGGACUGUCCACACUAUAGAUCUACAAAUCAUGAACAUCUUGUUCUGUGAAAAUCAGUGAUCUCUUGUUCCACAACUAUUCUGGUUUUUCUAUUCAUUGGAUCAAUCCCAGCAAUUUUGUCUGCACGUUGCAAUGUGUUGCUUGCUGUUUGAUAUGUUUAUGCAUGCAUUCCUGCAAGAGAGGUGAAUAAAUUUUAUUUCUCUACAGUG